AUGGAAGGCUUGCAGAAGCAUCGAAAGGUGCUCCUUCGUGCCGAGGAGACCCACGACUUGCAGAUUGUCGCGUGGAGACUUCAGGAGCUCCAGAUUCGCAUGAGUCAAGCGGCCCUGCUGGUGGAUCGCGAUUUCGACCUCCAGGAUUCUGCCUGGGCAGGCGCCAUGGAGGCCUUCCGAGCCAAGCGCACCCCCGAUGGUGUGCAGGCCGCCUCUCAGCAGGCGGCGGUGCCCUUAGAAAGGCUGCCGACGCUGCCCUCCGCGUCGGAGGGUAUCGAGCAGGAGGCCCGGAAGAGCCGCGAGGCGCAGCAGCGGGAAGUUGAGGCUGAAGCGGAACGUGAGCGGAAACGCCAGAUUCGAGAGACCACGGCGCGGGAGCAGCAAGAGUGCCAAAAUGCCGCUCGCGAAGCAAAGAUGCUGGCGGACAAGGCCCGUGACAUGCGGCUUCGGGCCAUGGAGGCGACAUCAGCCGAUCAGCAUCAAUCUUGCAUUCGCGAGGCCGAGCGGUACGAGGAGCAAGCCCGGCAGGCCCGUGCCCGCAGCACGCGGGGCUACGGUACAGGUCCCCGAGCUCAGCAGCACGAAUACCAGGAGGACGAAAACGGGAUCGCGGCUGUGCCGAAAGUUGGUGAGGAUGCAGAGGCGCAGGCGCUGCGCCGGCGGCACGAAGAGAGGGAGGAGCUGCGGAGGGAAAGCGAGCUCCGUGGCCAGCAGGCCAAGGAGAACGAAGCCAAAGAGCGUGAAGUGUUGCAGCGAGCCGUGUCCAGCCUCGCGCAGGGUGGUGGCCAAGUGGCUCACAGAUCUCAAGGCCCAGUCGCAUCGCCGUCGACUGUGGAAGACCGGCACGCGAGGCAAAGUGAGAUCCUCGCAAACUCCCGCGCUGCGCCGGCUCGGGCACUCGAGGAAGCCAGUCUCCGACCUGCUGCCGCGGUUCCACCUGUGGCCACAAACGGAGGCGGAUGUCUGCACGGCCGUCCUCAAUCCCAGGGAGCCCUAUCCCGCGAGCUGCAGGAUGUGGCGCUGUUCGUGUGCGUCCCGGACAGGAAAGCCGCUGAGUUCCUGGUGAGCAGCAGGCUUGGCAUAGGUCGCCGCAGCGGCGCCAAAGUGUCCGUGGCGGAGACGACCGGCUCGGGCCCCACGCUGCUGGAAUGCCGGGGCACGCCCUUGGCAAACGCCGUCGCGAGCUACUUGGUCCAGGAGGCCGGUUCCGCCAAGCACCCGCUAGGCCUUUGGGGGCGCUUUGGAUGUGCGGCUGCUUCGCGACCUGAAGAGAAGAACUGCGUCAAGCAGAAAAGCGUACGCGAGACGACGGAGCCUGUUCCCAAGCUUGGACGGAGCUUGGUGCAGACUUCUUGGAUAGUGCGACGUGACAUGGAGCUUCUGGAGGAGAAGCUCAUGCGACAAGUCCUGCGGCUCCAGGAGCAGAGUGAACGCUUCAUGGACAUCAUGAUGCAUCCGCUGGAGGCGAAGGUCGCAGCCAUGGAGGGGCGACAGCCGGUCACCGAUUGCAGCAUCGCCGAGCUCCGUGGGAACCUCCGUGGCCUCCAAGAGUCGUUGGAGAUGCAGGUGCGCCGUGCGGAGCAAACCGAGACGCGCCUGUCCAAAUGGCGGAAGAGUGUGGAGGAGGAUCUGCAGCAGAAGCAGGAGGAAAUGAAGCGCAAGUUCUCUGAGGCCGUUUCCAACUCCGACGUGGUCUCGCGAAACGAGCUUCUGGAGUUGGCCAAGCUUCUGAAGCAGGAGUUGAGGAAGGUCGUGGAUGAGACGCUGAAGGACGAAAAGCUGGCCACGCAGCAGGAUCUGGCGACCAUGACGGCCUCCAUGAGACGGGAGCUUGCGUCCGUUGAGAAGAUUGCCGCUGGAGCGGCCGCUCAAAAGGCUCUGGGUCAGCAGGAGCUUGCAAAUGCUGCAGAGGCUGUGCGUGCCGAGAUGAAGACCUUGACAGAGCGCGCGGUCGCAGAGGAGACGCUGACAAUGGAGAAGUUCGCAGCGCUCGAUGCUGUAGAGAAGGCUGAUGACGUUGUCAUCCGUUGCCGAAGCUUCUGUGGUUCAAGGAUGGCUCGUCGUCUCGCCCUUCUCCUGCCUCUCUUCACCGCUGCCACAGAGCUCCUGUGCUGCAAGCUUUUUGAUUCAGAGUUUGGGAAAGAGAGGAUAUCCAUUCUUCCAGAUGCCCGACUGGUGGCCAGUGACAGCGAGCCUCUUGUGACCGGCACGCGCGCAGAGGUCGUUCCCAAGGUGGAACUCGUCCAGGCGCAUGCGGCCUCGCCAGUAGAGAUGCCAGAAACUGUGGAGGAUGUGGAGGCCCGAUGGCUUGGCAUUGCCCUAAGUCACAUGGGCUGGGUGCUCUCCGAGUCGCCGCUGUCUCUAGGGCAGAAGACCACCUCCUACCUGCUCGAUGCGGAGAAGGAGGAGCACGAACGCAGCCCCCACCAGACGAUGGCUCUUUCAGUGCUGUCUAUGCUGGGAGUGUCCGUGGGACGACAACACCGAGCCCACUCGAAUCCUUCAUCCAUCCCGACCCAUUCACACCAAAUGUUUGGCGGCAUCCCGUGGCUUCUGAUUAUCCCCAUUGUGCUGGGCAUGGCGCUAGCGAGCAUCAUCCAGGUAGUCAGCCUCUACUCCGAGUGGGCCGAUGCCAAGGACAAACUGUCCAGAGGUGAGCCAUUGGCCUCCCAGGAGUCCCAGAAUGCGGUGGCCGAACUUGCAGCACGCCUUGCGCAAUGCGAGCAGAACGAGGAGGAGUUGCGACUGGCACUUGGGUCUCAGCGCGGUCUUCCCGAGGUUCUCGAUUCGCAGCAGACGUUGGAUGAGUUGGUUAGUCGCAUUGCGAAAUGCGAAUCCUUGCAGGAGGAGCUGAGUGAGCAAGUCGGUUCACCACAGCGCUUCAAGGCCAGUGAGGCCUUAGAAGAGUCCCACCUCUCACGGCGAAUGAGCCGACUUGAGCAGGAGCAGAUACAGAAGGGGCGCCAGAUCGCAUCGUCCAUCGAGGCUUUGGAAGCAGCGAUGCACGAAGGCUUGGCGAAGACCGAGAAGCUCGCACAGGCGGCCUUUGCCGCUACCCAGCAUCCCGUCGACGGCUCCGUCACACAUUCCGAGACCGAGGAGGAGCUGGAGCACGACCUCGAGAGUUUGCGAGAGCUUCCUGCAGCGCUUGAGGCCUACCACAAGCAAGCCCAAGCCCUGACGGAGCGGGUUGCGCACUGCGAAGAGCUAUCAGAGGCAUCCAGCAAGCAAGCCCAAGUGCUGUCCGAGCGAGUGACGCAGUGCGAACAGCUGUCACAGGCGGUUGACACCCUGGUGGCCCGCUUGGAGAAGUGCGAACGACAUGCCGGAGACGGAGACGUUCUUGCCAGGCUCCCGGACGCCGACGUCGACCACCCGAACCUUCCUGGUCAGGCCUUUGAAGAUGGCUCUCGGGCCCUGGCCCGGGUUACUUCCAGGCUAGACUCGCUGGAGGUUCAGCAGCGUGCCAGUGAGGCUGGCCUCGCAACUGCGAAGCGAUUGAACGAGGAGAUGGAAAGCUCAAUCAUGCAGAGGCUGCAAGCACUGGAGGCGGAGCCGACGAAGAAGGUGAAGCUUGCAGGGAGUCUUGCUGAAGACCUUCGGGUGGAUGCCGCCGAGCCUUCCGAAUCCCAGGCGUUGUCCGACACGCAGCUUAUGCUUUUGGAUCUGCAGCGACGGGUCUCUCUUCUGGAGCAUGCCAUGCCGUCUCAAGGAGCAGGCGAGAACGGAGAAAGCGGAGAGGCAGUGCCGACAAACCCAGACUGCCUGCACAAACGGGAUCUUCAUGCUGAUGCUGAUCACAUCUAUAUUCUAUAUGACUAUCUUGGAGACCAGCUGACAGCUUGGAAGACUUGA